ACGGCGGACUUUUGAGUCCCCAGCAUGCGUGGGUAUUUGAAGUUUAGGGACUGUCAAAGUUGUGCAGUUUUGUUGAUUGAAGACAUUAUGCAAAAGAUAUUUGUGAAUAGUUACAUAAACUUGUAUGGUGUUUUCGGUAACUAGGAUUUUCUCGCUAACAAGAACGCAAAUUUGAUGCAAUAGUGCUUUAUGCCUGCGCGAUCGAUCUGGUUUUUAACUCGGAUUCGACAAUAUGAAAUGUGAUGAGUCUAUAAACCAGACGUACCACUUGGCGGCUUGGUCAUGGAAUCGAUUAUUUAGAUCGGUUAUAGUGGAAUUGGUCGCCACUGUAUUAUGUAUAUACUUCAUUUUCCGUUUCGCUGCUUUGUAUGAGUCUGAGACUACACUUAUGUCUAAGUUGAUCAGUACUCUUCAACAAUUAUCAAAUUCUUUAGACGACCAUAUAAUGUUGCAAAUGGAACUUCAUUCAAAACUGAAGAGGACAAACUUGCCACCUGAUAAAGUUACUAUUCCAGUUUUAGUGAUAGCUUGUAAUCGUCCAACUGCUAGUCGUCCUAUUGAUAAACUAUUACAGUUAAAAUCCGAAAUGCUGAAGCAAAACAAUUUUGAAUUUCCGAUUUUCGUUUCACACGCUUGUGAUGACCAUGCUACUGAAAAAGUUUUACGUUCCUAUCAGGAUAGCAUUACUGUCAUAAAACCAAAAGCCCCGUUAAUUAAUCCAGUUCAAAGCUCUUCUCUUAAAGUAUUUGAAGGUUACAGACAUGUUAGCCAUCAUUAUAAAUGGGCUUUAGAUCAAAUUUUUAUGGCACAUAAUUAUUCGACUGUAAUAAUCGUAGAAGAUGAUCUGGAUUUGGCUCCAGAUUUUUUAAGUUAUUUUGUUGGUGCAUACAAUCUUUUAACUCAGGAUAAUACACUUUUCUGUGCAUCUGCCUUUAAUGACAAUGGGCGACUUCAGUUAAUCGAUAUUACACGUCCCGAAUUAUUAUACAGAACUGAUUUCUUUCCUGGUUUGGGUUGGAUGUUAUUGAGAAAAUUUUGGCUAGAAAUCCGUAAAGGAUGGCCCGAUAUAUACUGGGAUGAAUAUAUGCGUAAAUCUUACGUACGUAAAGGUCGAGCUUGUAUUCGACCAGAAAUUAGCCGUUCUAUUACAUUUGGACGAGAAGGUAUAUCUCAUGGUCAAUAUUUUGAUAGUCAUUUAAAAUAUAUUAAGUUAAGUAGUGCAAAAAUCAAUUUUCAACAGCUAGAUUUAUCAUAUUUGAAAGAAGAUGUUUAUCGUAAUGAAUUCAAACAACUAGUUUAUGAAGAUUCAGUGGAAAUGAGCUUUAAACACUACAUGAAUAGUCGCAGUUCAUUACCACACAAUUCAAAAUCUAUUCGAAUAACAUAUGAAACUCGAAAAGAAUUUGAAGAAAUUGCGAAAGCCUUAGGAAUUAUGUUUGAUUUCAAAUGUGGUGUAAGUCGUAAUGCCUAUAUGGGUGUGGUACCAGUGUUUGUGAAUGGUCAUCGUUUGUAUAUUGCCCCACCUUCCAGUUGGUCAGGUUAUAAUGAAUCAUGGGUAUAGCGAAAGUAUUUUCUCACAAAAUUACUUUAUUAGGAUGGAAAAAGCUCAUUCGUUAUUCUUUUCUUAGUAACUUAUAAAAUGUUUUCUACCGUUUCUUUCUACUUAUUAUUUACCUUACUUUUUUGUUCUUGCAUAAGACCUUUGUUUCUAAAAUGAUGAAAAUAUGGGAAACACGAAGUAUUCUGUAUAUUGUCCCAAUUUCUGCACAUGUAUAUUGCUAUGGACACAUGGAAUUGUAAAAUUUUCUGUCUUACAUUAUUUCAGUGCUCUUGCAUUGUUUCUUUUUACUGGUAGAUGUGUAUGUAUGUAUUAUUAAGUGAUUAAAUAGUUCCUUAUGUUUUCUGAAUUCUUUUGUAUUUCUAUGGAUUGUCCACCUGUAUUUUGAUGAACAAUAUAAAAUUCCUUACAAUGAUGUACAUAUUUAUGUGAUAUUAUUUGUUAUUUUCUUGUAUCAUAAAUGAAGUAAGUAAACGAAUGUAAGUGAUUAAUUCUCACUGAGUAGAUUUAUUUUUAAAAAGUUUUUUCCCAGUGUAACCAAGAAAAAAGAAACUCAGAAUAUAACUAUGUCGUUAUUAACUAUUUACACAAUAUAUUAUUUCAUAAUUGUACAUUUUUAUUCUUUUCUAUUUGCCUUACCUUCUUGAUAAAAAAAAGAAUGUUCUACCAUAUAUGUUUUCAUGAAUUCAAGAUGAAGUAGAUUUGUCAAUUAUUGUUUGGUUUGUUUAUGUUUGUAUUUCCUAUGAAGAAGAUAAAAAGUUGAUAUUGGAUUUUUUGUUUUUCACCCACUGAACUCUUAAAUUCCAUUGCAACAUAAUGGUCUCUAAUAAUUAAUGGCUAAGAGUGAAUUAUGAAUUAUAAGACGGUGCAUUUUACGUUGAAGGUUAUUUACAUCGUUUUCAAUAUUCACGAAGAAUAUUAUGUUAAACACCGUUAUUUUUCUGUUCAUUUAAUGGAUAAAUAUCACAUAUUAAAUUCUGAUUUUUACUAAAAAUUACAUUUCAGUCAUUUAAAGUUAUCAUUUUAGCUGCUUGCCAUGAGCAAAUCAUUUUAGCGACCCUCCUACAUACAGGAUAAAAUACACAAAU